AUGAGUGAGGAAAACACCAGUGAGCCCAGACCUAUGUCUGAGGCUCAUGAAAACCUCGCAGAUAUAACUCAGGAUGAAUCUGGUGAUGUCAAAGUUGAUCACAUCAGCAGUAUGGAACCUGACAAGGAGUCACAAGCAAGUGCUGAAAAAGAAGAUAGUGAAAAGUCUUCAAGCCCUACUGCUAGCAUUCAGAGUGCAGAAGAGUUAAUCCGCACAGGUGAUUUGAACUCAAAACUCAAGUUUGCUGUCCUCAUUGGUCUCAUUGAAGUGGGACAGGUCACUCACAAGGAAGUUGUGGCAACUGUUCAACAUCUGCUUGUUGGUGGAGAGUUUGAUAUGGAGCUCAAUUUCAUCAUCAAAGAACCCGAGAAUAUACUUUGCAUGCUGGAACUUCUUGAUCAUUGUCCCUCCUCACUGCAGGCUGAAAUGUGGAGUGUAUUCACAGCAAUGCUGAAGAAGUCAGUGAGAAACAUGCAGGCUUGUGCUGAAGUUGGUUUAAUUUUUGAAAUUCUCCAGAGGCUGAGGUGUGCAGAGCCAGUUGUUGCUGAUCUAUUGAUAGAGCUUCUGGGAGUCUUGGCAUCAUAUUCAAUCACUGUGAAGGAACUGAAGGCACUGCUUGCAUCAAUGAAAGCCAUCAAAGGAAGAUGGCCCUGCCAUUCUGCAAAGUUGCUCAAUGUCCUCCGUCAAAUGCCACAAAGAUCAGGUCCUGAUGUCUUUUUCUCCUUCCCUGGCAAGAAGGGCUCUGCCAUCAUGCUUCCUCCUCUGGCUCGUUGGCCCCAUGAGAAUGGAUUUUCCUUCACCACCUGGUUCAGGCUGGACCCAAUAAAUGCUGUCAAUAUUGAGCGAGAAAAGCCAUACUUGUACUGUUUUCGAACCAGCAAGGGAGUGGGAUAUUCUGCUCAUUUUGUUGGGAAUUGCCUUAUCCUGACAUCUGUGAAGGUGAAAGGGAAAGGUUAUCAGCAUUGUGUCAAGUAUGAGUUCCAACCUCGAAAGUGGUACAUGCUAGCUGUGAUAUACAUCUAUAAUCGAUGGAGCAAGAGUGAAAUUCGAGUUUAUGUGAAUGGGCAGGUGGCAUCAACCACAGAAAUGAGUUGGCUUGUCUCUACAAAUGAAAUAUUCGACAAGUGCUACAUUGGAUCAUCAACAGAGGUAGAUGAGGAACGUGUUUUCUCAGGACAAAUAUCAGCUGUCUAUCUCUUCAGUGAGGCUCUAACUGCACAGCAAGUUUGUGCCAUGCAUCGAUUAGGGCCUUCAUACAAGAGUCAAUUUCGUUUUGAAAACGAGAGUCUCCUGCAAUUGCCCGAGAAUCACCGGCGUGUUCUGUAUGAUGGGAAAAUGUGCUCAGCAAUCAUAUUCAUGUAUAGUCCUGUAGCAACUGACAGCCAAUUGUGCCUUCAGGCUGCACCCAAAGGAAACUCUUCUUUCUUUGUCCACACUCCCCAUGCUCUCAUGCAGCAGGAUGUCAAGGCAGUUGUGACACAAAGCAUCCAUAGCACAUUGACAUCUGUUGGAGGGAUUCAGGUCCUCUUCCCUCUCUUUUCCCAACUGGAUAUGCCUUCUGAGAUUCAUCCAUCUCUGAUGACUCCUGGUUCCACUUGUGAUAUGCGACAUGACCCACAGCUGUGUGGUACUUUACUGGGUUUCCUCUGUGAUCUUGUGGAAUGGAGUCCAGAAGUGCAAGGUCAGAUGGUGUGCUCAAAGGGUUUCCUUGUCAUCUCAUGGCUUCUUCAAAAGUCCAAUCAAGACCACAUGUCCAUGGAAGUGUUAUCAUCCUUCUUGCGACUGACUAAAUUCCUUGUCACGUGUCCUCAUUCUACAGCAGAACCUCUCCUUCGUCAACUUCUGGAUCAUGUACUUUUCAAUCCAGCACUGUGGAUAUAUAGCCCUAUCCCAGUGCAGUUGAGACUGUACUCCUACCUCGCUACAGAGUUCCUGUCUGACACCCAAAUCUACAACAAUGUCAGAAGAAUUUCUACAGUUUUGCAGACCAUGCACACCCUCAAGUAUUAUUAUUGGGUCAUCAAUCCUAGGGAUAAAAGUGGAGUGAAUCCCAAGGGCAUAGAGGGGCGCCGUCCAUCAAAGAAGGACGUAGUCUCCAUCCGAGCCUACAUCCUUCUCUUUGUGAAGCAACUGAUUCUGAUGGGGGAUGGAGUGAAGGAGGAUGAAUUCCAAGCCAUGCUUAACUACCUCUCUACCAUGCACGAAGACGAGAAUCUGCACGAUAUGCUACAGCUUUUGAUAGCACUAAUGUCAGAACAUCCUGCAUCAAUGGUCCCAGCAUUUGAUUCCAAGAAUGGCGUGAGGACUGUCUUUAAGUUGCUUGGGAGUGAGACUGAUCUUAUUCGUCUCCAGGCCCUUAAACUUCUUGGUCUUUUCCUUGCACGAUCAACUCACAAGAGGAAGUUUGAUGUCAUGAAUCCACACAACUUAUACACACUUCUUGCUGAGAGACUACUUCUCCAUGAAGAAGUUCUCACCAUGGCUGUCUACAAUGCUCUGUAUGAGAUACUAACUGAGCAAGUGAGCCAGCAGGUGAUCUACUCCAGACAUCCUGAGCCAGAAUCACAUUUCCGAUUUGAGAAUCCAAUGGUGCUGAAGGUUAUAGCCUCACUCAUUCGACAAGCAAAGCCAGCAGAAAGUGAGGCUGUACAUGAAGUGAAAAAGGUUUUUCUAUCUGAUAUGACACUUCUAUGCAACAACAAUCGAGAAAACCGUCGGACCAUUCUCCAAAUGUCUGUCUGGCAGGAAUGGCUGAUAGCAAUGGCUUACAUCCACCCAAAGAACGAAGAAGAGGAGAAACUGAGUGAUAUGGUGUAUUCCCUCUUCCGUAUGCUGCUCCAUCAUGCCAUUAAGUAUGAAUAUGGUGGCUGGAGGGUCUGGGUUGAUACCCUGGCUAUUGUCCAUUCAAAGGUCGCCCGUGAAGAGUUCAAGCUCCAAUAUUCAGAGAUGUAUAGAAUGUAUGAGAGCAGACGAGCUGACAAUAUUGCUGAUCCAACCAUGCGACAACAACAUCCAAUUAGCACCAUUUCUGGGCUGGAACAAGGAUAUUCUGGUAGGGCUGCACACACACAUGUAAUCCAUGCUGUCGCAAAUGGAUCACAAAAUGAUAGAGAACUAGCAGAUGAAGAUGCAGAGAAGCAAGGAAUUGUUGAAGUGGAGGAGGAACAAAAAUUACAAGAACUAAACACAAAAUCAGGAGUAGAUAACAAGAGGCAAGAAAAUGCUGAAGAAAGAGAAGGAAGAGAAGUUGAAUCAGACCAAAGGGAGAUCAGGAAAGAAGAAGAAUGUGGGAGUGUGAAAGAUAACUUGGAAGAGUCUGAACACACAGGUAUAGAGACUGAGCAAAUGGAUCUGCAUACAAUUGAGCAGGACAUACCUGAACAUGUGAGUGAAAAGGAUGAAGCAGCCAAUGAGCAUUCAGAGAAUAUUGAAGCAGUGGUAGAACAAACACUUGAAAAGGAUGAGGAAGCAGCUGGUCACAUGAUUGAUCAUAAUGAGGAAGUCAUUGAUCAGAUCAGUGAGAAGAAUGACUUGGGUGAAGAUGGGAACAACAAUGAAAAGGAGGAAGGAAGCACAGAAAUAGUAGAGGAGGAAAAGGAAGAAACUCCUGAAAGCAAGGAAGUAGGAAGCUUUAUGGCCCAAGAUGAUGAGGAGAAGCCUGGGAAUGAAAUUUGUGAAGAAGAGAGGAAGAUUGAAGUAUCCUAUAUAGACUAUGUAGGAAACCAGAGUAAAGAAGUAGAUGAAGAGAAGAAAAUUGAUGGAGAAGGAGGAGGAAUAGAAACCAAAGAGGAGAAAAGAGAUGAUAAUGCAGAUAUUGCACCAACCAGGAGAAUGGAGAGGAGGAAAAAGCCUCCUCAGCAGUUGUCACAAAGCGAUUCAAAACAUACCACUAAAGGUAGAGGAGGAAAUAGUAAUUCACGGCAGAUGUUUAGCCCGGGCCCUUCUCAACCUCCUUUCCGCAUUCCUGAAUUCAAAUGGUCUCACAUCCACCAGAGGAUGCUCAAUGAUAUCCUCUUCUCAUUGGAGGCAGACCUCCAUGUUUGGCGAAGUAGUAACUCAAGCAAAACAGUGCUUGAGUUUGUCAACAGUGGUGAGAAUGCCAUCUUUGUCAUCAAUACUGUGCACUUGAUCUCUCAAUUGGUGGACAACUUGAUCAUAGCCUGUGGUGGACUGCUUCCUCUCCUGGCAGCUGCAACUUCUCCAACUUGUGAAUUGGAUGUGGUGGAACCAACCCAAGGGCUCACAGUUGAACUGGCUGUGUCUUUCCUGCAUCGCCUAGUCACCAUGGCUGAUAUCCUUGUCUUUGCAUCCAGUCUCAAUUUUGCUGAAUUAGAGCAGGAGAAGCACAUGGCAGCAGGGGGUAUACUUCGACAGUGCCUCCGCAUGGUAUGUACAGUAGCCGUAAGGAAUUGCCUGGAAUGUCGAGAGCAGGCUCGGCUUUGCAAUGGGGAGAUGACUCCUCAGGAUUCCCGCUAUCAACAUAUUCAUGCUCUCAUCAGAGGUGUUCAGGUAUCGCCUGAGAACAUUGUGGAAGGAGGACAGCUACUGUCACCUGUCAAAGAUCCUGAGAAACUUCUGCAAGAGAUGGAUAUCAAUCGCCUGAGAGCAGCUCUCUAUCGGGAUGUUGAGGAGACAAAGCAAGCCCAAUUCCUGGCUCUUGCCAUCGUCUACUUUCUCUCAGUUCUCAUGGUGUCUAAGUACCGAGACAUCCUGGAGCCUCCUGGUCCAAUCGCCAGCAAUCAAUCCUCUCCGUCACGUCAUGUAGAACCAUCUCAGCCACAUCAAGCAAUUGCUUCAAAUGGUGAUCAACCAGAGAUGGAGGCUGCAACCAUAGCAGGACAUAAUGGAGGAUUGGAUGCCAGUACACCUCAUCUUGAAGAAGGAAUAAGAGGUCAGCAUCACAAAAAUGAUCAGGUAGGUGGAAAUCAAAAGGAAGAGAGCAAGGUGGAAGGAAGUGGGAGGGAUAUGAAUGGGGAGAAAAAAGAGAAAGAGGAAGAAGAGGAGUAUGAGGAUGAAGCAGAUGAAGAUGAGGAAGGAGAAGAAGGUGGGAAGUGGACAGAUGUGAGCCUAGAUGAAGCAGGAGAAAGUCAGAAGAGAAGGGAGGGAAAUGAAGGAGGGAAAGAUGUCAGUAAUGAAGAUCAGGGGAUUGAAAAUGGGAAAGAGAUGGGAAGUAAGAUAUUGGCCCUGGGAGUGAAUAGGAGUACAGGAACAUUGAUGGUACCAGCUGCUGAACGAGAAGCAUCUCUCACACAGCAGUUAGAAAGAGCACUUGGACCCGUGUGCCCUCUCCUCAAAGAGAUCAUGCUAGACUUUUCUCCCUUCCUCUCAAAGACUCUCCUUGGAUCUCAUGGUCAAGAGUUGUUGUCUGAAGGGAAAGGAUUGACAACGUUCAAGAUAAGCCAGUCGGCUGUGGAAUUGGUCAUGCUUCUAUGUUCCCAAGAAUGGCAGAACUCCCUCCAAAAACAUGCUGGCCUUGCUUUCAUUGAACUCAUCAAUGAAGGGAGGCUUCUUUCACAUGCCAUGAAAGAUCACAUUGUGAGGGUGGCCAAUGAGGCUGACUUCAUUCUCAGUCGAAUGAGAGCAGAUGAUGUCCUCAAGCAUGCUGAAUUUGAAAGUCAGUGUGCUGGGACACUUUUGGAGAGGAAGGAGGAAGAGAAGCUUUGUGAUCACUUGAUUUCAGCUGCCAGAAGGAGGGAUGCUCUAACUGCUGCCCGCAUUCAAGACAAAGUCCUCCAUACCAUGACUUCUGAUUAUGGUGCUUGGACUGAACCAAAGAAAAUCUACAUGAAGCUGGAUGUUUGGGAAGAUGAUGCAAGGAGAAGGAAGCGUUUUGUCCACAAUCCUCUUGGGUCUUCUCACCCAGAGGCUACAUUGAAGGCUGCCUUGGAACAUGGUGCUCCAGAAGAUGCCAUUCUCCAAGCCCAAGAAGCUUUCCAUGCUCAUCUUGCUGCUCAAAGGAAUGCAAAUGCACAAGCCCUUCAAUCUCCUGAUCUUCUGGAUGAUUCUGAAUUCAUUUCAGCAGAUGAUCGAGAUUUUGAUUCUGAUCCUGUUGGAGCAGCUAAUGUAUCAGUUCCAGCACGCCUUGUAGCACCUGGCCUUGUAGUCCCUGGCACAUUCUCUAUCACAAACACAGAAUUUUAUUUUGAAGCUGAUGAAGAAGAUCCAGAAUUUAAGAAGCUUGACCCACAGGUCCAGCCAGGUCUCAUCUUGUCAUCAAGCCUGUCAUCAUCUCCAUAA